CAUUGUUUUUAACAGAACAAGGCUUACAAUCACAAUGUUAAAGUAUGAUAUACGACGCGAUGAUUAAGGUAGCUUUACUCAAAACUCUCUUGUCUCAAUGAGGUGAAACCCAAUGGACGUAUUACAUGAACGUACUGUGUACAAGAAUGUAUUACUUCUUCUGUUAGUCCUGUCACGCCUAUAGCUCAUAGUAACAUAUAACUCUGACUGGUUUAAUCCGUACAUCUGCAGCAUCGUUACAGAGUUUUCUAUACGUUUGUCAUUUACUUAAUAAAUAUAUUGCGGUCGAUAUUGAUCAAACAGCGUUAUUAUUCAUGCAAGUUAUAGAAUAGGACUAUACAGAUAUACUUUACUAUACCCUAUAUAAUAUAAUAUCUUAUGUAUCCUAUACGCCUAGGCAUUAUUUCUGCUACAAUUGCAUUACAUUCUACAUUCACACAAUAAUGGCCAUCGAGCGAUCGAGACGAAAUGUUUAUCUAAAUUUCAGAAUGAAAUACUACUUUUUCCCCGAAUAAAAUAUUCAUCGAAGCCAAUACUGUUAUCCACGUCAACUCUGAUUCGCACUUGAUUCCAUCGUUUGGGGGUCUUAUAUGAAUAAUAAUCAGCGAGGCGCCGGUCUAUUUUGUCUUCUUUCAGCAUCACGGGAAGGAAAACUGUCGACCCCAGCGCUAGUCGGCAUCGCGAUCGGCUCGUCGGUGCUGCUCGCCGUCAUGGUCGCCAUGAUGUACGUUUGCUAUCGGCGGCGCUACAACGGCACCAAGCUGUCAUCUGCCAUCAAAAAAACGCUGCGGGAACCAGCUCCCGGCAGCCUCAUGGCCUCACCGACGGGCAUCAAGACAAUUCACGUCGUCACGAAGAAGAGUCCAAGUCCGACGCAGCCGCAGAAGGAGUUCCCGCAGCUAGAGAUAUCGAGAAAGUUCAGCGGCACGUCGAAGAGCCCGAGUCCGGGCGACGUCGGCGCCAAAUCUCUCAGCCCGAAUUUCCACGUCGAGAACGAGGAGCGAGUGUGCAGCAAGCUGUCGCCGUCGAGCGACGGCAGCAUCAAGGAGAGCGACGAGACGAGGGUGACGCUGACGAACAAGGACGGCAAGCUGGGCGACCUGCACUUCAUGCUGCGCUACAACUUCGAGAAGGGCGCCUUUCUCGUGACGGUGUUGCGAGCCGUGGAUCUGCCGGCGAAGGACACCAACACGGGCAGCUCCGAUCCCUACGUGAAGCUGCAGCUGCUGCCCGAGAAGCAGCACAAGGUGAAGACGCGCGUGCUGCGCAAGACGACGAAUCCCGUUUACAACGAAGAGUUCACCUUCUACGGGCUCACGUACAACCAGCUGCAGACGAUCACCCUUCACUUCGUCAUCCUCAGCUUUGACAGAUAUUCUCGAGAUGACAUAAUUGGCGAAGUCCAGUUUCCACUGAAGGAUGUUGACCUCAAGGAAUCAGAGAUGACUGUUCAUCGUGAGAUAACACCAAGAAACCUGAAGAUCCGUUGUCAAAGCAGAGGAGAACUAUUGGUGUCACUUUGUUACCAGCCGGCAGCAAACCGUUUGACAGUGGUUGUGCUGAAGGCACGCAACCUGCCCAAGAUGGACAUGGCGGGGCUGUGUGACCCGUACGUGAAGAUCUACCUUCUCUACAACGGCCAGCGCAUCGCCAAGAAGAAGACGCACGUGAAGAAGCGCACGCUGAACCCCGUGUUCAACGAGUCGUUCCUCUUCGACGUUCCGAACGAAGGCCUGGAGAACCUCAGUCUGGAGAUGCUUGUACUCGACUGGGACCGAGUCACCACCAACGAGGUCAUCGGCCGUCUAGAGGUUGGCGCCAAGUCAACCGGCAACGCCCUGCGACACUGGAACGAGGUCUGCAACUCGCCGCGCAGGCAGAUUGCCGAGUGGCACAGACUGAAGGACUAGGAGCAGCUUGUAGGGGGACCCCGCUCUGGUUUUGUAGAACCAGCAGAAUCAAUAGAGUUAUAUAGGCUUCACUCCGGUGGGAACAUGUAAGAUGUAACAACGUCUCAUGUCUUGCGCGUCCCAGUCGUUAUGCAUUCAAUCGCUAAUUAGUUCUAACCACUGAAUUCGGCCUUUCCAAUGUAGGACGACUCUUUAAUCAUACCACCUAUGAAAUACACAUUUGUGUUUAUUGUAAUUAGGCAGAACUGGCAAGGGGUCUAUAGUCAGGUAAAAAAAAAGAGUCAUGGCAUAAUAGGAACGCCUGGCGGGUUAAAAUAGGCAGUUGUACACUGUUUAAUAUGAUCAUAUUACUAGAAACCGUCAACAUUAAGGCAACGUCUACCACUUAAUAGUGCACUCUGCCAGUAUAAUGCAUUUGUCUCUAAAUGUCAUUGCAAUGCAUCUUCACUCAGUGGAAAUGAACGUCCUCCUCCUACUACUACUCGUGCUCUAAUACAUUUAUUAAAACAAAUUAAUAAUUGCAAAACCCAGAAUACACGCAGCGCACACACGUGAGCGCCACAGACACGCGCCGUGUAGGGGAAAGCAGGCAGACGUGGUAUUGACAACACGCAUGCGCAGUAUCGACAUUACGCUUGAGGGCGGGGCGUAAAACGCGUGUGCGGUAUUCAGUAUACACAAACAACGUGGCAGAUGUUGUUACCUCAGGGCCGUAGCAUGCUUGCUGGUGGGGUGGGGUUGGUGCAAGGAGGCACUUAUUCUCCAAACAAAUAUGAAUAACAUUACAUAUAAUCAAUGGCCACUGGUCGACUGCCCGAAACACAAACCGCGUGGCUUCAAGUGCGUGGUUCCACCCCUCCCAGGCAAAAUGAGUUAGCCACGCCCCGGUAUCUAAUAUAAGAUGCCAAGAAAUAACGUACCACGCGUGUAUUAAAGUCGCCCACACGUGUAAAACGACGCAAAUGAACCGGUACAUGCGUCUGUACUGAGCUCAGAAUGGUAACAAUCUGCUAGCGAACACGCCAUAUAGCUAUACUCGCAGGGAGCAACAGUAUUUUGUGUUUCAGUAUUAGUAUAUACGUGGCAACAUAGACACGCAUUGUUGUUUGUGCGAUGUUUAAGCGAUGUAAUUAAAUCAAAUAUUCUGCUCUGUUGGUUAUCUAACCUCGGGCUCAUAGUAUAAAGCUCACUCACGAUGGUCGUGUAUAUCGGUGAUGUCGUAGUACGGGUGUAACCAGGAGUAAGAUAUUAUAGAUUAGAU